GUAAGUUAUAAAGUGAUUAAUCUUAACAUUUUUGUAUUACGCUUCUUUUGUGUCCUUCCUUAAUAGCAAUUUUUCAAUCAAAAUACACGAGUUGGAAGAUGCAAGGCGAAUGGAUAUUAAUAACGAUAAAGAAUCAGGAAAUUUUUUACCGUACAAAGCACAGCUGGAGAACGUAUUAAAAAUAAAAGUUAAAAAGACGGGAUUGUAUUAUGGCUUAAACACAAAAGGUCCAACUUAUAACACACAAUCCCCAAAUAAUCGUGGAAUGUUACUAUUAAUUAACAAUAUUAAUUUUAAAAUGGGUGGAAAGGCAGAAAACGAGGAUAACGUAGAUCACGAGAAUAUUAAGGAACUUUUUACACAACUCGGUUUUAUUGUUGUAGAAGCCAUAAAUAAAACCAAAUCAGAAACGGAAGAAAUCGUAAUAUCGUUCACUACUAAUCCAGAUUUAGAAAAAUACGACAUGUGUGCCACUAUUGUUAUGAGUAAUGGUGAAACAAAAGAUGGACAAACCAUGAUUGAAACUAUUGAUGGUGAAAAUUUAAGUACCAAAUGGAUUGUAGAACAAUUUUAUGAAGAUAAGUGUGAAGGGAUGAUUAGUAAACCGAAAAUUUUUAUAUUUCGGUGCUGUAGAAAAUCUUUCACAGACGGUAUACAUAGCGACGCAUAUUUGUUUAAACGAAAAAUAAAGGAUAUCCUAAUUUGUUAUUGUACUAUAGCAGAUUGUAAUAGUUGUCGGGUUAUAACUUCAAGUUCAUGGUACAUCAAUGACCUUUGUCAAGUAUUUAUGGAGAAUGCCCAUGACACAGAUAUAGAGAGUCUUUUAAAAAUGGUCGAUCAGAAACUAAGUGUUCGCAAUGACGGAAAUUAUUGGGAAACCAGCUGCUUUCGUAGCAUUGGUUUUAAGGUUUGCUAUUUAAAUCCUUGUUGAUUUCUGCUUGUUUACUACUAAUUUGUUUUCCUUGAAAAAUAAGUA